GACACUUUCCCGUUUCUCAGAGAAUUCUCAUGUCUCGCCUUCUGUUUCUCUCUCUCUUUCCUGCUCUCACUAGCUAUCUAUCUCCAUUAUAGACACUCCAGAGUCUGUUCAAUUUCAUUUUUGUUAAGAUCGUCUUCUCCAUUCUACUCAGCACGUGUCAAUAUAGCUGCGGUUGACCGUAUAAUUACACUUCCCUAGUUCGGAGUCCCGGCGGUCAUGCCGAGCUUUUGCAGAGUUGCACCUGAACUGGUGACGCCGGAUUUCGAAGACGUGAUUUAUGUUGCAGCUGGGAAGGAUGUGAAAGAGGGCAAAGCGAAGCUUGUUUGGACAGUGAAUCAAUCCAGAGGCAACGUCAAGAUCUGUAUCAUUCAUGUUCUAGUUCCUUCAAAGACGAUCCCCAUGGGCGGCCUGGGUGCUGAGAUCCCCGCGAACUUGGCGAACGAGAUCUUGUUGAGGGAACACAGAGAAAACGAGAGGAUAAACAUGCAUAAGAUCUUGGAUACCUACCUGCACGUUUGUACAGAAAUGGGGGUACCAGCAGAGAAAAAGUACAUAGAAUCGGACAGCGUUCAAAAGGGAAUUGUGGAGCUCAUAUGUUUACAUGGGAUCAGAAAGCUUGUAAUGGGUGCAGCAGCAGACGGACGCUGUUUCAAGAAGAUGACAGAAAUCAAGUCCAGGAAAGCCAUCUUCGUUCGCGAUAAAGCUCAUAUCUCUUGUCAAAUUCGGUUUAUCCUCAACAGGCACCUCAUUCACACUAGGGAAGCUCGAACAGCUGAAGCCAUUGGAGAAGUUCCUACUGAUGCAACAUCACCAACGAGUCCAGCCCUUGGAGCUGGAAAGUCAGUUUUCUUGAAAUCACGAUCUGACACACAGCGAAGUGGUACGGCAAAGUUGAGCAAUCCAUUUCGAGACCUCAUGAGAAGAGCGUUCUCCGUGAACGCUGAUCGACAUUCAGCGAGGCCAAUAGCUUCUCCUCCGCCAGAUAGCACUCCUUCUGAUCAGUCCAAUUUGGAGUGCAUGCUGGAGACGCACGACACUCCCCAAGAACUCACAACAAGCCUUUCCCAUCAUCUGCAGUUGAUUCCGUCGGUCUAUCAUACUGGCCAUUCAUCAUUUUCCAACACUCCGGAUUUGGAUGAAAAUGGCAUGCGAGAAGUGCUUGAGGAGGGAGCGAUGACUCGUGCUGAAGAUGAAGUAGGUAUCAUUGAGAGCAGGCGAAAGGAUCCCAGGAAGAGAUUAUACGCUGAGAAGUUGAAGGAAGAACAUGAGAAGGUGAUGGAAGAACUUCGCAUUGCCCAGGCCCAGAAAUCGCAGCUGAAGGACCAAUUCGUGGAGACCGACCAGAGCAGAAAGGAGUUGGAGCUGAAAAUCAUUGCAAGCGAGGAAAUAUUGCGGGCUUUGGUACAAAAGCAAGAACUGUUGCGGAUCGAACUCGAGAAUGCACUCCUAAAGGCCGAGGAGGAGAGCAGAAGAAAAGGAGAUUCCUCCGGCACAAAGUUCUUCUCCGAGUUCUCCUUUACCGAAAUUGCAGAAGCUGCGCAGAACUUCGACCCAUCCUUGAAGAUCGGGAAAGGUGGCUGCGGGACCGUGUACAGAGGUUUGCUUCGACUUACGCCAGUGGCUAUAAAGAUCAUGAAUGGUCCUAGCACGCGAGGUUCACAAGAAUUUCAACAGGAGAUCGAUGUGUUGAGAGAGGUGAAGCAUCCUAAUCUCAUCACGCUCAUCGGCGCUUGUCCUCAGCCUUGCACUCUUGUUUACGAAUAUAUACCAAACGGUAGCCUCGAACAUUGGCUCCACGACAGUGACAGGGCGAAGCAGCUGCCAUGGCGAGCCCGAAUAUGCAUCGCCACAGAGCUCUGCUCUGCCCUGGCCUUCCUCCACUCUUGGGAGCCUCACAGCAUCGUCCAUGGGGACGUCAAACCAGGAAACAUCCUACUGGACGCGCACUUCAAGAGCAAGCUCAGCGAUUUCGGCAUCUCCCGAUUGCUGUCUGGGGGCGAGCGGUCGAGCAACAACACCGCCGUCCUGCACCUGACCAACCCGAAAGGGACGUUUGGGUACGUGGACCCUGAGUUCGUCGUCACCCAUGAGCUCACAACGAGGUCCGAUGUCUACUCUUUCGGGAUUAUACUACUUGAAUUAUUGACGAGGAGGCCCGCCUUAGGAAUAGCAAAUGCAGUGCAAGAGGCAAUUAGCACAGGGACUUUGGCGGCCAUCUUGGAUUCAUCGGCUGGAGAGUGGCCCUACACGCUGGCCGAGAAGUUGACUCAUUUGGCUUUGAGUUGCUGCGAGAUGAGCAGAAGGAGUAGGCCGGAUCUCAAGUCGGAAGUGGGGACGGUGCUCCAAUCGAUCCGAGCUUCCUGUUGAUAAACCAAGACUUUCGAAUACUCGGGAAUUGAGCGAUAUACAUGUUGUGGUUGUGUACUUGGUCUCUUAAGUAAAUAGACUUACGGGGUCACGUGUCAAUGUCAUCCGUGAGUACCGGCUGAUUUGUGUGUAUUCGCAAAUAUAAAUGUCUUGCUACGUCAUGUAGAUACGUACCUACCAUUGUUCUUAUGGAUGGAUUUUUUUUCUUGUGCAUUAAGUA